AUGAAAGAACCUGACAUUAAGAAUUUCAAAUCAGAAAUUAAAACUAUUUUAUCCAAUCGGAUACACGAUAUGUACAUUUUAAUUUUUAAGACGUUCAAAUUUGAUGUAAAUUUGGUUUCAAAAUAUAUUCAAUUUUGUUUGAAAAAUCAAAAAUUAACUACAAACUACAAAAUUGUAUUGGAUGGUAUAAUGGAUUCAUCUCAUAGUGAUCCUGAGAUAUACAUAACUGGUGCACAACAUGCUUUUAAUGAUUGUAAUGACGUAGAAUCUGCCAGGCGAUACAUUUCUAAUGGAAUGAAAUUUCAUGAAGAUUUCAAAAAAUUGUAUAUUGAAGAUUUUUGGAUAGAAGUUAAGCAUUUAAACCAAACAGGAGGCUCUUCUCUUCAAACCGCUUUAAAUAAAUAUAACUGUAUCAUUCAGCAUUUCAAAGAUGACAUAAAUCUACAUUUUGAUUUAGUGGACAUAACUUUAGAUAAUCACAUAAAAAUGACACAAUUACAGUGUAUAGUUAUCAGGGAUAUGGUUAAUCAAUACAGAAAAAAUGAGCUUAUGUGGCAAAAAUUAGCUAAAAUUCAUUUAAAGGGUUUUGUUUACAACUACGACACAGAAAGUUUACACAAAUUGGAGAACAUAAAACUAAAUAUUUCUAUAAGGAACUGUAUUAAUACCUAUAAUGAGGCAUUAACUGAUGGUUUACCUCCUGAAAACCAACAAAAUUUAUGGGAUUUAUUUUUGGAUACUAUCAUAGAUAUAUAUAGUUCACUUGAUCAAGACUAUAAAGACAAUAAUGUAUUUGUAAAUAAAAUAAUUGAUGUAACGUUUGAUAAAGCAUUUUCCAUUAAUACCAUGAAACAGCCCAGACAUUUUACUUUUUGGGCAGAACGUCGUAAUAACAAAGCCGCUACAGUAGCGAUAUUGAGGAAAGGACUAACAAUUUCAUCCGACAAUGCUGAGAUGUGGUUAAAGUUGGUUCAAUAUUAUCUUGGCCGUGAUAUGUUUAGAAAUGCAAUGGAUGUUUUGACUGAAUGUGUUGAAAUAAUUAAAGACAAAUCAUUGCCUUUAUGGAUAUCAGUGGAGUUAUAUGCCUUAUGCAGUGAGAGGGAAAAGGUCGAAGAAUUUUACAAAGAGUCCUCRAUAGUUGUGGUUAAUGAAGUAAUUAAUUUAAGAUUUCGGCCUGAAUAUUUAGAAUGGCGCGUUCUGACAUAUGAUAUAGCAAGUGGGCGUAAAAUUUUCAACGUCUUAAAAAAUCUAGAGCCGAAAUCUCAUGAAUUGUAUAAAAGAAUGUUACAACUUGAAACAUUGAGCAUAAUUUCUAAAGGAAGCAAACAUAUUAAGUAYAUGAGAAAAUUAUACAGUGAAGCAUGCAAUUUAUUUGGACACAUGGACGUUGAGUUAUGGAGCGAUUGCAUAAAAUUUGAGUAUACGUACGGUCUCCGUUCAUUAGUAGAUGUGAUUUUUGAAGCAGGAGUAAAUCUUUUAGAAAAUCCAAGUUUAAAGGAAGAAUUAACGAAGAUUAAACACGAACUCGACGAACAACAUAAACAACAAGAAGUAAUAAACAUCGAAGAUGAUGACGAAUGAACUAAUAUCAUCUAUCUACCUAACUAAACUU